AUGACGUUGAGCACAGCCUUAUGGGUGGUACCACUGGUGUUCAUUGGCCUAAUUUGCAAAUGGGUUUAUAGACUCUACUGUCAUCCUUUAUCUAAAAUCCCCGGACCGAAAAUUGCGGCAUGUACCUCACUAUGGCUUGCCUAUCAUACUUAUAUCGGUAACGAGUGCACGGCCGUCUACAGUCUCCAUCGCAGAUAUGGCCCGGUAUUGCGCGUCGGUCCCAAUGACGUCGAUAUCUCUAACGCAGAUGCCAUCGAGCCAGUUUACGUCGCUCGAGGCGGAUUCCCAAAGUCUGACGUGUACUCCAAAUUCGAUAUCGACGGUCACAAUACCAUAUUUUCCACGCUCACUCUUCCCGAGAGAGCGACAAGAGCCAAGGCUGUCGCAUCACUGUUUUCCACCGCUUCCCUCCGACAAGCCGAACCUCUUUUAUCACAGGUUUUUGACGAUUUCAUCGCCAGACUUCGACUUGAAGCGAAAAAGGGAGAACCAGUCAACGUGUUAAAUAUUUGCCGAUGCAUGGCCAUCGAUGCCAUUAGUGUGUAUCUGUUCCAGCAUCGCUAUGGGGCUCUCGAUGAGGACUCCGGGGUCAUGUCCGCAUCUCCCUUUGUGGACGCAUAUGUCGGCGUCGGUGCAUUCUUCAACCUCGCUCCCGGGAGAAUAGGAGACCUUAUAAUGGCAAUCUCGGAAAGGAUGACAUCUACUGACAUGACGAAGAAAGCGUUCGAUCUAAUAGACCGCUUUACGGGGCAACUUGUAGCCGUCGCAACGCCCAAAAGUGGGAGUUAUCAAAGCCGCCUUUUGGAGAAGCAGACAUCUCUCCAGUCUCAGAUCGAAGUGAAGGACCUUUGUUUUGCUGGCACCGACUCAACUAGUAUGAACACAGCAACGAUAAUGUGGUAUCUUUCCAAAUGUCCGAAAAUAUACCGUCGACUUCGCGAAGAGAUACAAAGUACUGUUGCGAAAGGUGCAGAUCCUAUGACCUGUAGCUAUCUUCGUGGAACGAUUAGAGAGGGACUACGAUUAUCAUGGGCCAACCCCAUCCGACUCCCCCGAGCAGUACCCGUUGGUGGCUGGACCUAUCACGAUUAUCACCUCCCAAAGGGCACAAGUGUCGGGGUUGCCUCAUUUCAACUGCACCAAGACGAGAAAAUCUUCCCGAACCCACUUUGCUUUAUGCCUGACCGAUGGCUGGAUCCCACACAGGACAUGCUCGACCAUUUCUUUGCGUUCGGCAAGGGGUCUAGAGCAUGCAUCGCGCAGAAUCUAGGCACACUUGAGGUCACAAUGGCAAUCUUCAGAAUCGUCAAGGCAGAUCUGCUUUGUGACGCGAAAGUUUUUGACGAAUCAAUCCAGAUCAAACAGUGGUUUAAUUCCCGUGUCAGGGGGGAAGAGAUUUUGAUCCAAUUCCGCCCUGAGCUAGCUGAUAAUUGA